AUGUCCAAGGUGAUACAGAAGAAGAAUCACUGGACCACCAAAGUUAACGAGUGCACGGUCUCUAAAGACCUUCGCGGCGAAUUGAAUGUACAGUUACUCGGCGGAGCGGAGAAUGGAGAGUUUGCAUACAUUGGACAAGUUAAUGAGAACAACGUGGUUUACAGAAACGGAAAGCUAACAGAAGGGGAAAUAUUGUUAGAGGUGGAGACUCUGUCUGUCUCUGGAUUGCCUCUGUAUGACGUAUUGACAGUGAUUAAGAAUUGCAAAGGUCCCAUUAGACUGAAAACUGUAAGACAAGGAAACAAACUGAACAAGGACCUGAAACACUAUCUGAGCCAGAGGUUCCAAAAGUCUUCCCCUGACCACGAGCUUCAACAAACCAUCCGAGACAACCUGUAUCGUCAUGCUGUGCCUUGUACCACCCGACCCCCUCGUGGCGGAGAAGUCCCCGGAGUAGAUUAUAACUUCCUCUCUGUGGAGGAGUUCCUAAAGCUUGAACAGAGUGGGACGCUUCUGGAGAUUGGCUCUUAUGAAGGUAACUAUUAUGGAACACCCAAGCCGCCGAGCCAGCCCCCUAGUGGGAAAGUGAUUACCAGUGAUGCUUUGCAAGACAGCCUGCCUGGCUCUCAGCACUCCACUCCCAGACGCACCAAGUCUUACAAUGAAAUGCAAAAUGCUGGAAUAGUGCCUGUGGAGACUGAGGAUGAUGACGAACUGCCUGAAAUGAAUAGUAGCUUCACAGGAGACUCGAGUGAACUUGACGAGCAUCCCUCUGUGCGACCCUACGCCCGUGACAACGCUCCCUCCUACAGUCUUAACAACGCCUCGGCGUCAACCACGGACAGCUCUCAGCAAACGCACACACACCCCCACCAUCCCCCCGAAGAGGACCCGCUCGGGCCUCUGCCUGACAACUGGGAGAUGGCUUACACAGAAAAUGGAGAGGUCUACUUUAUAGACCACAACACAAAGACGACAUCCUGGAUCGACCCUCGGUGCCUGGAUAAACCACAAAAACCCCUAGAAGAAUGUGAAGAUGAUGAAGGGGUACAUACAGAGGAGCUGGACAAUGAGUUAGAGCUGCCAACAGGCUGGGAGAAGAUAGACGACCCUGUAUACGGAGUUUAUUACGUAGAUCAUAUUAACAGAAAGACCCAGUAUGAGAAUCCCAUAUUGGAGGCUAAGAGGAAGAAGCAGCUCGAGCAGCAGCAGCCACCUGAAGAAUGGAUUGAAGAACACUCAUCUGCUGGAGCUCCACUUGCCAGCUAUGCCAGCAACCAUCAAGAGACCUACCGGGACCCCCAGUCAGCACCCCCACUGCCACCCCAAAUAGGAACCAAACGAGGGAAGCCAUUCUUCACCAGGAAUCCCGCAGAGCUGAAGGGAACUUUCAUAAAUACCAAACUAAAGAAGAGCCGACGGGGUUUCGGUUUCACUGUGGUGGGAGGGGAUGAGCCUGAUGAAUUCCUUCAGAUUAAAAGUCUAGUGCUGGAUGGCCCAGCUGCCCUAGAUGGGAAAAUGGAGACAGGUGAUGUGAUAGUGAGCGUGAAUGACACCUGUGUGCUGGGCUACACUCACGCUCAAGUCGUGAAGAUCUUCCAGUCCAUUCCCAUUGGUUCCAUGGUGGACCUGGAGCUGUGCCGUGGCUACCCUCUGCCCUUCGACCCCGACGACCCCAACACCAGUUUGGUCACGUCUGUGGCCAUCGUGGAUAAGGAACCCAUUAUCGUCAACGGCCAGGAGAUAUAUGACUCGCCGUCUAGCCACGGCAGCCAGACCGGCGGCAGCCUCAACGGCACCAAGGAGCCACGUGCCCACAGUCCCUCGGCCGAAGUGGCAUCCGGCGAAGGUUACCCCAACGACGUGGUCACGCUGGCCUCCUCGAUCGCCACGCAGCCUGAGCUCAUCACUGUGCACAUGGAGAAAGGAGACAAGGGCUUCGGCUUCACUAUUGCAGACAGCCCGUCUGGAGGAGGACAGAGGGUGAAGCAGAUCGUGGACUACCCCCGCUGCAGGGGUCUGAGGGAAGGGGACAUUAUCGUGGAGGUGAACAAGAGAAACGUGCAGAGUAUGACGCAUAACCAGGUGGUGGACCUGCUGAGCAAAUGUCCCAAAGGCAGUGAAGUCACCAUGCUGGUGCAGAGAGGGGUUGCACCUGCGAAGAAAAGCCCCAAGCUGCAACCAUUGGAGAGAAAGGACAGUCAGGGCAGCUCCCAGCACAGUGUGUCAAGCCAUCGCAGCGCACACACUGAUUCUCCCAUUCACCUGGCUCAAGCUUUGUCUACCGAGACGGCUGCCCCACCACCACCCGCACAGCCUCUGCCAGGCCUGCCCCCCCAGGAGCCCCUGGCAGACGGCACCAUCCAGAAGAAACCCGACCCCUUCAAAAUCUGGGCCCAAUCCAGGAGCAUGUAUGAAAGUAGGCUGCCUGAUUAUCAAGAACAGGAUAUUUUUCUGUGGAGAAAAGAUACUGGCUUCGGCUUCCGAAUUCUGGGAGGCAAUGAGCCUGGAGAGCCUAUUUACAUUGGGCACAUUGUGAAGUACGGCGCGGCGGAUGAAGACGGGCGGCUGCGGUCGGGCGAUGAGCUCAUCUGCGUGGAUGGCACAGCUGUCGUAGGGAAGUCUCAUCAGCUGGUGGUUCAGCUCAUGCAACAAGCUGCAAAGCAAGGCCACGUCAACCUGACCGUCAGACGCAAAACCGGAUAUGGAGUGUCAAAGGUCGACGGGGAAGCGCCGCCGUCGCCGGCCUCUUCCCACCACAGCAGCACGCAGGCUCCGUCUCUAACAGAGGAGAAGCGCACGCCGCAGGGCAGUCAAAACUCGCUGAACACGGUCAGCUCCGGCUCGGGCAGCACCAGCGGCAUCGGCAGCGGGGGAGGCGGAGGCAGCGGCAGCGCGGUGGUCAACACCGCCAUCCAGCCGUACGACGUGGAGAUCCGCCGCGGAGAGAGCGAAGGCUUCGGUUUCGUCAUCGUCUCCUCCGUGUCCCGGCCUGAGGCUGGAACCACGUUUGCUGGAAACACAUGUGUGGCCAUGCCCCACAAAAUAGGUCGCAUCAUUGAGGGGAGCCCAGCCGACCGCUGUGGAAAACUGAAGGUUGGAGACCGCAUUCUGGCUGUCAACGGCUGUUCCAUCACCAACAAAUCUCAUUCAGACAUCGUCAACUUGAUCAAGGAGGCUGGGAACACCGUUACGCUGCGCAUCAUUCCAGGAGAUGAUUCCUCUAAUGCAUCGUUGUUGACCAAUGCAGAGAAAAUAGCCACCAUCACCACUACACACACACCUCAGCAACAAUCAGCACCUGAGCCAAGAAACAACACCAAACCAAAACAGGAGUCUUUUGAGUUUAAAGCUCCACAGGCUCCUCCACCUGCAGCUCCAGCACAAGCUCCUGAACAGGAGGCUGAAUUGUACUCGGUCGAUCUGGAACGCGAUAGUAAAGGCUUCGGGUUCAGCCUUAGAGGAGGUCGUGAGUACAACAUGGACCUCUAUGUUCUCAGGCUAGCCGAGGACGGAGCAGCGGUUCGAAAUGGGAAGAUGAGGGUAGGGGAUGAGAUUCUGGAGAUUAACGGCGAGAGCACCAAGGGAAUGAAGCACGCCCGGGCCAUCGAACUGAUCAAAAACGGUGGGCGGAAAGUCCAUUUGGUCCUCAAACGAGGGGAUGGCUCCGUGCCGGAAUAUGGUGGGUCAAUCUAUGAAAACAUUCCCUUCUCUCCCGUCUUCACCCCCUGA